AUGGAGGUUUCCGACUCUGAGGAAGAACUAGCGGUGAACUACAAGGAAAUAUCCGUUGAACAAGUAAAGAAGCUCUUGGCCAGAUCCCACGUCGCCGAUAGUGAGGAGUUUGCAAGACGAUUGGAGAGCAGUCUCGGUGCUCCUGUUGGGUAUUUAUCAGACAAUGUUUCCAAGAGCCGGCUGGAGCUGCCAGGUGCGUUUCUCGAAGACCACGAAGCUGUCAACUUGGUGGAGGAUGAACAUAACCUCCAGGCAUAUAUAAACCGCCUCAGAAGUGGGAGAACUCUUCGACGGCGCAACUUUGCCAGCACGCAUCCGUACCUUUCCGACCAGGCCUACUACUUGGGGCUCGCCGAUGUCAACUAUCUCAAUGAGUUGUACGAGGAGAAUGACCAUGACAUCGAGGCUAUCGUCAAACUAUUGAACUACAACUACAUGGCCUUGAAAAGACGGUACCCCAAGGAUGACAAGUAUAAGCAGAAGACCUUUUUUGCCAUAAUUGGCAAGCAGUCGAAAUGCACGGGGAACGAGGACUCGGACGCUCAAAAAAUCGGCGAGCAAGUGGCAGAAAAUUCGCAGGCGAGCUGCUCUCCCAAUAAUGGACUCAUUGAGCUGUUCCUGUCGCAGUCGCGGCCUUUAGAGUACGAAUACGAUCUGGACCUGGAACUGGAACUGACUAUCGUGAGAACAAGAACGAUGGUGAUAUCGGAUACCAGCGACCUUGAACUCGACGUUGCCAGCGUCAACGGCUUUAGUGAAGGCGACGAGAGUGGUAAUAAUAGCAGUAAUAUUGGUGAUGUUGUUAUUAUUGGUGAUGAUGAUGAUGGUGGUGGUGGUAGUGACGACGAGUUAUACGUUCGAGUUGGCGGUCGUUACAGAAAAGAAAAGUCUGCAUUGAGAGGUGUCCUACCCGAAUCGGCGAAGCACCUACCUCUAUACCACCAGCAAUCGAAAGGAAAGACCCAUACCCAGGUGCUGAAACCGCGUCCUGACAAGAGGAAAGGUUUAGCUGUAAAGAAAACAAUAAGCCGGUACCGAUCCAAACCAAUACAGAUGUUGGAUUUUGUCGAUGACACAGAGAUUGAGCUUGAGUCGGAAGGAGGUCGUUAUCCCGAUAUGCUAUACCAAGAUGAAGUGCCGCAUAUAGUUGUUGAAGAACUAAGCUUUUCUGACUCUCAUUCACCGUCAGAAGCCGAUACUAGUGACACUGAAAGUCUAUUUGCUGCAGACGAUUUAUUUGCAAACGAGUAUGGAUUCGACGGCGUGGUGGAUGGUGAAGCACAAGAAGAUGACCGUGUGGACCACAUGUUGCUGCACCAGCCUCGUAAAAAGCCAACUACAUCAGCCAGCCGCGAGCACCGGCGAGCUGAUACACUGGAGUUGAAAAUGUUGUCGUCGCCAGCUCCGACUAUCCGCCGUGAUUAUACAACACGAAAAGCUUCAGUCCAAGAAAUUUUAAGAGGAACAGCAAGCUCUGCUUCGAGACAAAGCACCACCACAAAAAGAAGCAGAAGCACCACCACAAAAAGAAGCAGAAGCACCACCACAAAAAGAAGCAGAAGCACCACCAAUAACAGAAGCACCACCAGAAACAGACCAAAACAUGCAGCUAAUUCUGUUUCCUCUUUUUUUGCAAACGCUCGGCUGCUGGGUGGUCAGGACAUUUACAAGGCUCUUCUGUCCAGGCGCUUUCGCGAAACUCAAUCAAAGCCCAGAGCAAAGAGAGCAGAGGCAUCUUCUCGCUUAACCAAUGUUGGUUUUUUCAGAAAACUGGGAGCAUUCAAAAUAAUGGGCAGAGAUCCUCGCUCGUCCACUGUUGUGUUCGAAGCUGAAGUAGCAAACGUAGCAAAUCAUCCGAUGACCCCUGUUGCUGGGAGAAGCGCGUCGACAUUUCCUACGUGGAAUAUCGAGACUGGUGGAACAGGAUCACUUCAACCAAGAUUUGAUCAAGGGUGCAUCGUGAAUGAUAUGAGACUUCGAGAACUUAAAAAUUCCAACAGCGGCAAACAGUUUCAUUCCUUCAAGGAGCCAGUUCUUUUGAAGCUUCAAGGAAAAGAUCUCACACUCACCAUGUUGGAUGUCAGUCGAAGCAGUGAGCUCAUUCAGCAAGCUUUUUUGUUCUGGGCCAAAGGCAACAGAGUCGUCGUCCUCCAACUGCUGGACUUUUACCAAACUCUCAAAGGCUUUAUUUCAUGGUAUCUAAUUCUGCAGCACCCGCCCUCCACCCAGGAGUGGAGCUUGGUCGAUAGACUUAUUUACAAUAUGCAAAGAGCUGCUACAGAACAAGAUUUUUUCUACCUCCCGUAUUUGGUAUUACUCCAUUACGUCAUGUCCAUUACAGCGGAGAUUAAUGGUGGUGGUUUUCACGAUAGCUCUUGCUCCUACUCAUUGCCUCAAAUCGGGACCUGGUAUUGGACAAAACUUUUUACAAUUUUUAGUCAAGAGAGAUACGAGAGAAUGAACUACGCAGCUGGAAACACUUCGCUAUAUUCUGAGUCAUUUUAUGUCAUGUGCACGGUAUUAGAUUUGCAAGGUUUAUGGUGCAAGACGUUGGAGGGGGCUAUAGAGGCGUGCACAAGUGAACAUUACGACCAGAUGCUAGAGGUGACCUUUAGAGUCUGCGCAUCUUUCAGGAAAAAUGUAUUAAACUGGCAGCCCUUGCUGAAAGCGUUGGAGAGAAUCCAGGAUUGGGACGGGCGUGACCUGAGGAUGUUACGACGAUAUCUUGAGAUUGUAAUUUACAUGAAUCAACGCCGAGACUGGCCGUUGGAAGAGAAAACCAUUCUCCAAAUCUACAGCAAUUUUUCAUCGAGAAAGUUUGCCAACUAUCCCAAUGAGAAUGGCUCACUUGAAAAGUUUGAUAGUUUUGAUGGAGCAUUUGAAAUGGGCCAUCGUUCCACCUGUUUCGAUGGCUUCUUGCACAUCCUUCGACUUUACAUUUCCAGACAACAAAAAGUGUCGCAGAUAAAGAGGCUUGUCAUCAAAUUGUUUGCUUCUGCCGAAUCCAAUUACAACAACACUGCUCAUAGUCGUUCCAUGUUCACCAACCGGUUCAAGCUUAUUCUAUUGCUUUGCGAGAUGACCUCAAUCGAUCUCCGAACCCAAAUUGACAGCAUGGUUUUCGCGGUGGCAAAUGUUGAUGAUUUUCAGUUUCUUCAAACGGUCAUCAAUGGGAUUUUUGUUGCUACGGAAAUCACAUUGUUUAAAAAGAUGAAAGUCCCGUGGUCUGCGUUGGAGUUCAUGAUUAAGAAGAUACAAUCGAUGUUUUAUGCAAAGCAUGGCGCCAGAAAAUUAUGGAGACAUUCCAUGAAGCGCCUCACGCACGUAGUGGACUCGUGCAAAGACGUUGAACUGGUUCUCUUUUUUCUCCCCUUGGUGGAAUUUUUGGACAGCCCCAUUGCGGAGUGCAAUGAAGAUGUCGCGAAAUUGUGCUGUAAACUUGUCCGACCCUUGGUGGCUUCAAAAGCUGUUGUUGCCAGUGACCCAGUCUCCAUCAACGUGGUGAAAAGUGCAUGUCGGUCUGCUCUAGAAUCAUUGAGUCAAAAGAUGUCAAGACACUUGGGCGGGAAAAAUCUCAGCGAGGCGACUUGUAUUGAAUGCGGUGUCGAACUCUUUGUCAAAACAUCUUAUCUUGUUGAUUCCAAUUGGGAUAAAUUGUUGAUGCAGACCGUUUACUAUCUAGGAAAUCAAGCGACCAGAGACCAUUUUGAGUUUUAUUUUUACACUCAAGUGAUGCAAUUUGACCCAUUGCGAAACCACGAGGAGCGAAUUGUGCGAGCAAUCCUUCGAAAUUUGCUAAACACGCUGCUUCAAGUAUCCCCAUACCUUUCAAAGUUGUUGUCCACGUUGAACAAGAACUGGUCCUGGUUCAAGGUCAAUAAAUUCCUUUUGCAGCAAGGAACCAGAGCAAGCCUCCUCAUGGAAAUACUCAAAUCAUGCGAAAAGCGCUUUAGCGUCGGCGUUAUGACGUCGAUACUUUUGCAGAUUUUGCAAACUAUACAUCACCUGCUACGGCAGAAUGAAUCCGUGCCUUGGUUUAAAGACUUGUGUCGUGAAAUAGUGCUCGAGGUGUCCAAGUUGGGGCUUGCGGGGAAAGAGAUUGCACCUGUGACGCGUGAUGUGAUAAUCAGGUUGGACAUGGAGGAUUCGGAGUUGCAGAAACUUCACCAAAGUGGUUUGACGUUUGAAGAGAAAGUGGUGAUGGCGAGAUCGGAGUUGAGCGAGCAAGAUAGACCCGAUGGUCCAUUCUGUGGGUCUUCGGACCUAGCGAUUUUGUGCUCACUCAUGCGUGGGUACGUGACCAGGACUGAUGAUGCGAAACCAUGGCGACCGAUGUACUUGUGUCUCAGGGCGUUUUCCGUCAACUGUUUUUCUACCCAUGGCGUUGACUACAGGGACGACAAUUUUAGGCUUUUCUUUAGCUUGAUGCAGCACAUGGUUGUUUCCACUAGCAUCGACAUCCAUCAUCAUGAUGAAAACGAGGACUACGACAAAGCCGUUUCGAUGAUAUCUGUUCUCCUUUGCUGGUGCCAGGAGAUCCUACUCGAUGGAUACAGGAUGCCCGACUUUAUCCACGAUUUACAAAUGGCACUACCUCAUUGGCGAUACCCUAACCCAUGCACGAUUAAUUUUGCAAUAGACACUGUCGACGAGAUGAUUGAAAAGUUCCGCUACGGCCAGCAUCACGGGAGCUCAAUGCAAGAGCUGGAAUUGUUUUUGGAUUUUGAUUUCGAAUUCUAA